AUGUCCGAGGAGUACGGUGCCAUCAUUCAGAACCGCACCUGGUCUCUGGUUCCUCGCCCGGUUGGUGCUAAUGUUAUUUCAGGCAAGUGGAUCUUCAAGCACAAGUUUGGCGCUGAUGGCGGUCUUGCUUGGUACAAGGCCAGGUGGGUCGUACGUGGAUUCUCCCAGCAGCCUGGUAUUGACUACGACGAGACUUUUAGUCCUGUUGUCAAACCGGCUACGAUCCGCGUUGUACUCAGCAUCGCAGUCUCCCACGCUUGGCCGAUUCAUCAGCUCGAUGUCAAGAACGCCUUUCUUCAUGGUGACCUUGAUGAGGUGGUUCAUUGUGAGCAGCCACCCGGCUUCAUCGACCCUAUGCGCCCCCAACACGUCUGCCUGCUUCACAAGUCCCUUUAUGGACUUAAACAGGCGCCCCGCGCAUGGUACCAGCGGUUCGCUCAUCAUGCUCAUCGCCUUGGGUUCGUGGCGUCCCAGAGUGACGUGUCUCUCUUCGUGCUUCGGCGCGGUACCGAGAUGGCCUACAUGCUCCUCUAUGUUGACGACAUCAUCCUCACCGCCUCUAGCACCGGGCUUCUUCAACACAUCACCGACCAGCUCCACCGUGAGUUCUCCAUGACCGAUCUCGGGGACUUGUCCUACUUCCUCGGGAUCUCGGUUUCCCGCUCUACUUCGGGGAUGCUUCUCUCGCAGCGCCAGUACGCUAUCGACCUUCUUCAGCGCGCCGGUAUGAUGGACUGCAACCCGUGUGUGACGCCCAUCGACACACGUUGCAAGCUCUCUGCCGAUGAGGGACCACUCGUCACCGAUGCUACUGAGUACCGGAGCUUUGCCGGGGCACUUCAGUACCUGACGCUCACCCGCCCCGACAUUGCUCAUGCCGUCCAGCAGGCGUGCCUCUACAUGCACGCCCCUCGGGGGCCUCAUCUCAACCUCGUCAAGCGGAUCCUCCGCUACAUUCGUGGCACCCUCGACCUCGGCCUUCAGCUCCACUCCACGCCGGCCACCUCGCUCACUGCCUACUCCGAUGCGGAUUGGGCCGGCUGCCCCGACACACGCCGCUCAACAUCUGGAUACUGUGUCUAUCUCGGCGACAACCUGCUCUCCCGCCGCGGCCGCCGCUUCUACCCGCCGCCCCCCUCCUCCGCCCCCGCCGCCGACGCCUCCGACGGGUCGCCCAAGCCGCCGCCGUGGGAGGUGAGCACCCUCGCCUCGCCACGCCUCCACCCUCCCCAUCUCCCCAUCUCCUUCGUAUUAUGGGAUUUCGUACGGCACGAGCGCUCACCAUCUGACUCAAACCCGUGCGUGCAGGCCGCCGCGGCGGGGCCGGGGCUCGGCGGCGACGCCAUCGCCGCCCGAUCGUCCGUGCGCGGCGCCGAUCCUGCCGAUUUAGGUCUCGAGCCGUCGUUCGCGCUGAACCUGUUCCCGGAUGGGUACUCGGUCGGCGGGAUCGACAAGGGGAUGCUUGUGUUUCUGAUUGGUGAUGAUCCGGAGAGGAAGCCCUACAACAGGGCAUCCAGAUCUCUGCUCUCUGAUAUUGAGUAUGGCUGCUUGCCUAAAGAUAUAUUGCAUGGCAUCCCUUGCAAAUUCCAAAAUGGAAUUGUUGUUUGUGAGGUGCGGGACUACAGGUCCUUCCUGUCGAAUGGGGAUGAUUCUUCAGAAGACGACUUCCCCAUAAUGAACAGAAUUGCUCUUAGAUUGGGGACUGAAUGUGUUGUCAAUGAUCUAUCUUUGAUUGCGGAUGCUUCAUGGACUUAUCACGAGCAAUUGAUUGCUGAGUCGACCAUCAUUAAUUCCUUGCAACCCAGGCUUAAUUUGGACCCCAAGCCAUGCCUUGAAAAGCUAUGCAACUCUGUUAAGAAGAUUGAUUUAGGUCUACAUAAGGGAAGACGACGAAUGAAAGAGACGUCUCCUCUCAAUACUUCUCCUGGCCCUCCUGACAAAUGCAAGCCCAAGGAAUGCAACUCCUGUGAAGGUGCAGCAGUAUGCAUUGAGAAUUCAGCUCUAGAAGUGUUGCCAAGCGGAAUACUGAGCUGCUCGCCAGUGAAUUGUCCAUCACCUCCCCAAGUUAACACAGCAGUAUGCAUUGAGAAUUCAGCUCUAGAAGUCUUCCCAAGCGGAAUACUGAGCUGCUCGCCAGUGAAUUGUCCAUCACCUCCCCAAGUUAACACAGAAGUAUGCAUUGAGAAUUCAGCUCUAGAAGUCUUGCCAAGCGGAAUACUGAGCUGCUCGCCAGUGAACUGUCCAUCACCUCCCCAAGUUAACAGUGCCAAAUCAACUGUAGUGUCUGAUCCCGAAGAUACUACGCAAUGCUCUUCUACCAUUAUCAACAGCUCUGCUUUCUGUGAUAGGGAACAAAGUGCAUCAAGUACUCCUGCUUCUGAUAAUUUUCUUCAGAAUCAUGAUCAGCAGGCGGACUUAGCUAUCGUGAAGGUUGAUCAUAAAAAGGGGCCAUUGCUAACAGAGACAGUUCUACCACAAAAGAGAAAGGAGUGCUUGAAUCUUCUACAUCAAAGGCUGUUUUCAGUGAAAAGUGCAAGGUUGAGUUCCCAAAGUUCCGAUGACCAGUUUCAAAAGUCAGCGGGGGCUUCAAAUAAAGGUCUUAUGCUAGGAUCUCCAAAAGAACCGUCGGUUGAGGACAAGGUAGAUCAGGCAAUAGGCAACAAGGACAUGGAAGUACAUCAACAGAAGUCCUUCUCAACUCCUUCCUUGAACAUAAUAAAGGAUCCAUGUUCAGAAAAAUUCGCCGAAAAGGUUAAGCAGGGAUCUCGGAAAGAACUGCCAGUUGAGGUUAUGGUAGAUCAGACCAUGGGCAAAAAGGACGUAAGAUUACAGGAACAGAAGUCCUUCUCAGUUGUCCCAACAACUCACCCACUUCCUUCCUUCAACAUAAAUGAUCCAUGUUUAGAACAGUUCCCUGAAAAGGUUAAGCUGGGAUCUCCAAAAGAGCUGCCGGUUGAGGUCAAGUUAGAACAGCCAAUUGGCAGAGGAAAGGAAAAUGAGCCCCUGUCAAUACUCCCGACCACUCUUCCACAGUAUUCCUUGAACAGAAACAGUCUGCAUAUAGAAAAAAUCCCUGAAAAGGUUCACUCUUCCGAUACAAGGAUGAGAGAAAGUCAUCUGGUCUCAUGUGUAGAUGUGGACAAUCACGGAGGAGAGCUCAAAGACAGUUCAGUGACCUCUGUAACCUCCUGCAAUGCAAGUUCAAGAAAUGCAGACGCCAAACCUCACGAGGAUAAAGCUUCUACGGAGCCCCAACCUAUUACUUCAAACAUAAAAGUAUCAGGAACUUCUACCAUUUCUCUGAACGAGCAAGUCAAUUUCGAAGGGAACGGGCAGAAACAAGCUGAUAUUCUGGUCAGGCGUUCGUUUGAGGACAGAAGCUCAAAAGAGCCAGGUGUUACUGAUGGUACUAGUAGUCAAUUUGGUAUUUCUCCAGAUAUUGAGGUGUGCAUUGGACACCCUUUAUAUAACAUUGAACCUAACAUAGAAAGGAUUCUAUCAGAGGUCAUCCUGACCACCCAGAGGCAUGCACCAGAUGGGAAUGCUGCUAAAAUUGAUGGUCUUGAAACAUUGACGCCAGUGAAUUCCUGCUCACCAUCUUGUUUCAUUCGGUAUGAGGGUGCUGAGGGAAGUCCAUACAUGCGGGAAGAGACCAUUUCAUGCUGUCCAUCUAGGAGAACGAAACAUACUCGAAAUAUUAGAAGCUUUGUUUUUCACCGUGUACAGUAUUUCUGUAGAGGUAUAGUUGAUCAAUCUCAUUACAUACUUUGCCUUCUUGAGUCUGAAUCACCGGAUGACCAUCAAAUAGCUGUUGAAAUGAUAUCAGGAGAUGAGCGUUUUCACAUCGCUACUCUUCCCACUUCUGAUCAAGCAAAGAAGUUUGUGGAUCAAUUCAUUCUUCUGAUGAAACGCGAUGGCUACACACUAUGCAAUUCUACGGUCUGUAAUGGAUUCUCUGAACUCACACAGCAAUCCACAGAUGUAUCUCAGCCCGGCUAUCUGACUGGAGAACAUCCACAGUACCAGGGGUUCUCGCCUUCUGUUGCGAAAAGCGUUGUGAUUAAUGAAUGUAAGGAUGCAGGUUUUGCAUCGGAGAAGAGGCUCCCAGAUGUACAUGCCAAUGCUCGGCAGCAAGGGAGCCAGCAGUGGGGACUGCCAGAUGUACAUGCCAAUGUUCUGUAUCAAGGGAGUCGGCAGUGGGGCCUGACAGACGGGCAUGCAAAUGCCCAGCACGAAGGGAGUCAGCAGUGGGGGAUGCCAGAUGCACACAGAAAUGCCAUGCAGCAAGGGAGUACUCGGCAGCGGGGGCAGUCAUAUGCGCACACAAAUGUUCCACAGCAAGGUGGUAACCAGCAAUGGGGGCAACCAUAUGCACGCAGAAAUGUUCCGCAGCACAGGAGUAACCAGCAGUGGGGGCAACCAUAUGCACAUGCAAGUGUUCCGCAGCAAGGGAGUUACCAGCAGUGGGGGCAGCCAUACGCACACGCAAAUGUUCAGCAGCAAGGGGGUAAUCAGCAGUGGGGGCAAACACAUGCACACGGAAAUGUUCGGCGCCAAGGGAGCCAGAAGCAAUGGGGGCAAGCAUAUGCGCACACAAAAGUUCGGCGCCAAGGGAGCCAGCAGCAAUGGCGGAUGUCAGAUGCUCAUGCAAAUCCUCUGCGUCAAGGGAAACAGAAAUGGUGGCUGCCAGAUGAUCAUCAUAGUUCAAAGGCUAUGCACCAAGGGAGCCAGCAGCAAUGGGUACAGCCAGAGCAGCAACACCCAACGCCGGCAAACGUCGACGCAUCCCACUUCUCGAACCCCGGUUACCCAGUUGAGCAGCAGUACAACAGCAGAGUCUUCCAGGACCAGAGGCGGGCACCAUUCUCAGGCGGGGCGUGCUCAACGGAUCAGCACCAGCACCACUACUACCCCCAAAGCAGACAGGAUACACCAGGAGGGUCCGGCGAGAGACACACUAUGACCACAAGUAUGGGUGCAUGCAGCUAUGGCCAGUGGCACCAGACUCCGACUCCUCCCCCGCAGCAGCACGACGGCAGGACGUACCGGUGGGGUUUCCAGGAUUUCGGCAGGCAGGUGCAGAUCAACAACCUGCCUCCAAUGCAGGCCGGGAGGAGCGUGCUGCUGUCGGGGCUGCACCCAACUGGAAGCCCACAGACGACCUCUCCGACCACCGGCUCCGAUGGCAGCGUCACAAGCACGUUCCUGGUCCCUCCCAGCAGCUACCACCAGUGCCCGCCGCCGCCGCCGCAUGGGAUAUGCUGAAGGGCGAUGUUAUCAGGCAUGGUUUCGUUGGCGCGCCGUGCUUUUGGUGCAGGUUAAAAGCACAGGAAGUACUUGCAACACAUACUUUGCGGAUACUUUGUUUCGAUGAAGUUCCUUCUUUUGUCUCGCGCUUCGCUGGUUGAUAUAUAGCAGGUGCACAGUGGUUUGUCUAUGCUCUGGUAGCUUUAGCCUGAUGGCUACAUUUUUUUGCGGAGUACCAAGGGGUAGGACAUGCUUAGGAUGGGCUACUGAUGUUUUUGCUUGCAGCAUUCUGUCAUUGGCAGCUUGGUUGCUUGAGGCUCCUCCUGGGCGGCUAAUAUUAUACAGUAUGGAUUAUGGAAACUUUGUUCAGGAAUGGAGUUCUUUCCGUUCAUACUUUUUUUUUUUGAAACUAGGCAAAAGA